CACUUCCACUUACCUCUCUUCUUUCUCUCUUUCACGCUCAUCAUACACUACUCUUGCUAGUGCCACUAAUUCUAGUAUUACAAGACAAUGGGUUUUUCCUCCCUCCACGUCUGCAUGGACUCAUCAGAUCACUGCCUGCAGGGCACAAUUCACGAGGAGUAUGGUGGGAUGGAUUCUUCUUCACCAUCUGGCGACAUGCUUCCAUGUUCGAGGCCAAUGACAGAGAAGAGGCUAAGACCCCCCCAAGAGCAAGCCCUCAAGUGUCCCAGGUGUGAAUCAACACACACCAAAUUCUGCUACUACAACAACUACAGCCUCUCCCAGCCUAGGUACUUCUGCAAAACUUGUAGAAGGUACUGGACCAAAGGAGGUACUCUUAGGAACAUUCCUGUUGGUGGUGGCUGCAGAAAGAACAAGAAAGUUUCCACUAAGAAACACAAUGAACCUCAACCACCUAUUACUCAAAAUCAACCUCACCCUGCACCCUCUUAUCUUCAUAACCACAACGAUCUUCAACAUUCCUUCCUAGAUGUGCAAUUUUCCCACCUCAAUAACUUACUUGGGACUAAUGCUGGGGCACUGGUAAACCCUAAUUUCAUGCUCGAGAAUCCUAGGCCUAUUGACUUCGUGGAAAGCAGGUUGGAUGAUAUGAAUAUGAUUAGGAGUUCCACUAGGAAUUUUGAUCUUCUUGAAAAUAGUGAUGUGAGUGUGGGUGGUGGUGUUGGGGUGGGUGAUGUGAGUGGAUACAGUGGAUUGCCAUUGAGUUAUCAAGCUCUUUCUUCGUCUCCAGCAUUUGGGGGCAUGUCCCUUGAUGGAAGCAUUAGAAAUGUUGGAACUUAUAUAAUGGACUCUUGCCAGCGAUUUAUGUUGCCCUGUGAUGGAGGUGAUAAUUCCCUUAAUGGUUCUAUUGAUGUGAAGCCAAACCCUAAGCUGUUGUCCCUUGAAUGGGAUCAGGGUUGCUCUGAUGCUGAAAAAGUGUCAUUGGGAUAUCUUAAUGGUUCAGGAUCAUGGAUCGGCUAUGGAUCUUCCGCAACAAACCCUUUGGUCUAGAGCUACUAAUCUCACUUCUCAUAUCAUGAAUAAUGAUAUCAAUAAUAUAUGUUAGAAAUACUCUCUUUUAACACUCUUUCUAUUAUUAAUCAGAAUUUAUUAGAAAUUACAAAUUUUAGCGUGGCUCACUUUUGAAUCAAGAGAGACUCAAACAAGUAAAACGGACUAAAAUUUGUGAUUUCUAAAUUUUUUUAAAUAAUAAUAUAAAGAGUGUUGAAAAGGGUGUUACCUGCAUUCAUAUCAUGAUGUAUGAUCAAAGGUGAUAAGCUCUCUGAGGCUUGGGUAACAUAUGUUUAAUGAGGCAAUCAAUCUCGUUCCUAUCCUUUAUAAUUUUUUAUUAUAUUGUUACUCAUAUAAAGCCUUUUUUGAUGGGAGGGUUCUUUAUUUGUAUUUGGUAGUGUUUCUUUCUGCCAAGUUGGUCUUCGGUUGUUACUGACUUAACAAAAAAGAGUGUGAACGGGGAAGCUUAUUCAGUGUCCAAAUGGACUGCUUUGGUGCAUUGCCUUUAUUCUUCUUGUCUUUGUGUGCGCAGCAGAUCUCUGAAAGCUUUAGGAUUUGUUGUAACAUCGAGGAUGAUAUGGUAGCUAGUUCGUUUCAUGUUGAAGAAAAUAUGCAGUACUAGUAGUACAAUAUUAUUUUUAUUUCUA